AUGCUCGCCUUCAACUUCUUCACGCCAUCGUGGGCUCUACUCUUAAUCCUGCAUGUCAGCAUGUCACUCCUCGCUGAUGCCGUUCACCUGAAUAAUACGCAAUACAUUCCCAGCUACUCUGCCAAAAGAUCUUUAGAGUAUGAAGCUUAUACACCCUCGCCUACAUUUCCUACUAGACCGACAUUUUUCCAAUUACUCAAAAACCCUGCCUGUAAAAACAAGUUCGAGAUCAGGCCGUAUAUAUCAGCUAUAGGAGCCUUCUCUCGAGUAUACUACUUGUGUGUUCGACCCCGCGGCCCUAUGCCUUGCGAUAUGUUCUCAAGCAAUGAGAUCGCUCGGCAAAAGAGAGGACUAUCACGAGCACAGUCGGGGUUCAUGGAAAGCUAUUUGACAAAGGACGAUCCACAUCAGCUUGGCGAACAGUGUCGACUGGAACCGAUGCAACAUAAUCCUGAUUUGGCUCGUUUAUAUGCCGAGCGGAUCAGCGAUGAGAUGCUGCUGCGAAUGAGAGCGUUGGAAAAUAUUCAGCUCAAUUACAACCUGGGAAGUAUAAUACGGCAACAGAUAUACAAGCAGAUAUGGGCUCUUUACAAGGACGUCUUGAACUGGAUCUGUCAUCUGAAGUUGAACAUGUCUUUGCAUAGCGAGUUUGAGGGUCGACUCCGGAUGGAGAUGCUUCCGGAGGAUGCUGGUUCAGGGAAGUCUCGACUCAUGCUGCACAUCCAACUCUCGGACCAACCCGGUGAUAUCGUUCAUGUGCCAUUGGUUCAGGGCUUUCCGUUUCUGGAUUUGGUAGUAAAGCACAACGAGCGGUUCACAGGCCUUAAGUCAACCUCAGCCAAUAUUUCCUGCCGCACGCAGUUCAGAAUUGCUUAA